AUGGUAUGUUAUAUUUGUUUACAACAUAAUGAUCAUAAUGUUGUAUCAAGUUCAUUGGAAACACAUGAACUUAUACUUAAAUAUUCAAAUUUAUUUGAUUUUGAUCAAUUAUUAAUUUCAACCCAAAUUGGAUCUAUAGAAGAAAUUCGUGUUAGUGAACCCUUAAAAACAGAUAUUACAUAUCUUUUAUCUUUAUGUGAACAUGGUGAUCUACAUUUACGUGGUGCAUGUGCAAGUUUACUUGCUACAUUAAUUCAAACAACAAUUCAUCUUUUAUUAAACAAUGUUCACUUGUAUCAACUGAUUCACAAGACAGUUCAAGCUCAACUUAUAGAUGAUAUUGAUUUUCGAAUAUUAACUUAUCUUGAACAACAAUUAAAACAACAGUACCCUGAUAUACGUGUUCGUCAAGCAAUUGCUUCGACUUUUGCUAAGUUUGUUGAUCACAAUUCAUUUUUACCAUGUCAAUGGAUAUAUAAAAUUCAUCAUUCAUUACAAGCUCAAGCAUCAACUGGAAUACAAAUUGCUUGUCAUUUUUGCCUUUUAUAUAGUCUUAAAAAAUAUAUUAAUACAAAUGAAAGUGAUUUUCAAGCUGCUGUACUCGAUUUACUUGUUCAAUUACUUUUAAUUAGUCAUUUUAUUUUUUGUAUUGCUGAAUUUCUUGUUAUGUUAUCACAUGAUACACUUCAUUCAAAACAAGUUAUUAAAAUACAAGAUUUAAUAAAACAUUAUGAUUCAUUAUUAGCAAGUGGACAUGAACCUGAAACACAUACUUUGGCAGCAUUAGAAUCAGUUUUAUAUGAUUUUUUUUCUUUUAUUGUUAAUAGUGUUCAAAUUGAAGAUGAUAAAUGGAAACGUCUUUCACGACAAAUUGAUCAAUCACUUUCGGAUAUUUAUUCCACACAGUUAACACUAUUUGAUGUUGUAUCAUCAGUUGAAUUACGAUCAAUUGAUCCAUUUGUUGUUGCUUUUCAAGCAUUAGUAAAUAGAAAUGUUCGUUGUUUUUAUUUAUAA